AUGAGGUCCGCACCUAAGCUUGGGGGGUACGCCCUCAUCCAAUUCCGGGAGUUCGGUAGAACGUCCAAUGUGACCGCCAAAAUUCAGAAGAGGCGGGAGGAGUUCAUUAAAGAGAAGUUCCCGUAUUUUCGUGGCGCAGUGACGGACGAGAUGCCUAAACGGGGGAGGAAGUCCGGAGGCCACUUUGUGGACCCUUCUAUGGAGCCUCUUAAUCUGGAUGGCAGCGAUUCAGUGCAUGACGGGUAUGUUAAGAAUAGGAUGGAUCAAAUCGAUGACGAUUUCGUCGAUCAUUUGGUUAGAGAGGGAAAGACGGGAGGAGAUAUGUUCCAAACCUUCGAAGCUCACCUUGCAGCAAUAGCAGACUUUAAGGCUACUAAGGUUGCGGCUAGGACCCAACGAGGGGCCCAUAUUAAGAGAAUAACACAAGUAGAGUACAACCCUUUGCAUGGUGGAGAUGGCAAGGCACGGUUGAUGGAAGCUAGUGAGCCUCCAUCCUAUGCUUUGGAAGGCGACAGGAAGCCGCUGUUGCCUGCUGAGCAACAUGCUAGUCUCCAACCGAGGGGGAAGGCGGUCGAUGGACGAUUCAUAUCUGGGAAGCGAUCGCGGGAUAAGAAGGCGGACCCAAGGUUUGCCACUCCCGACCCGCGGGGUAGUAGUGUGAGUCGAAUAGACGAUCAGUGGAUGGAGGAAGAGGAGGAGGGAGAAGUAUUCAGUUCCGAGGGAGAGGAGGAGUCAUACUCGAGUGAUGAUGAUGGGGAGGCGGUGUUGCUGGCCUCAUCGAGGGAGGAGGAGUUCUCUGAUGAGGAUAGUGAGGAGGAGGAAGAGGAAGGGGAUAGGUUUGAGAGGCCUUAUGAAGAGAAAGGGAUAACCUCUUCUAUCGCCAUGACGCACAACUUUAAGGCACUCCGAGCGAACGAUGGGGAGGCCUUCCCUGUGAAUCCAGGAGGUGCAGGUCCUGGUGUGCGGUUUGGGGAAUAUCUGGAGACGGCAGUUCCCCUUGCACAUACGACCACUCUAGAGGAGUAUAGGAGGGCUCGAAUGGACGCUGUGGUGACAGACGAGUCGUAUAAGCAGCUGUAUUGGAUCACAGGAGAAGACAGGCAGAUGGUGGCUGACCAUUUCCUCACUAUAGGGCUCCGUAACCUGACCCCUGGGGAUGUCCAGUUUGGGUGUAUUAUUGACACACGAGCGUUAGUCUUGGACCUCUGCCACGUCUAUAUGCAUCCAGAUGCGGUGGCGAUACUCACUGAAGGUCACGCCCGUCCACAGCUGUAUGACUACCUCUGUCAGUAUGUACUGUACUCUCGGCAGUCCGGCCUAGAUGUGAGGAUACAACCCAUCACCCUCCAGGCUGUGUUGUCGGUCCAUGGGCCUAGAGCGUCGAUAGCUCUGGCGGAGAUGUUUGAGUCGAUGCCGGAGGCUAGGCUCGAGACGCUUAAUAAAGUUAACGACCCCGAGUCGGGGGACGGGUUGGAAGUCUCUCCUGCAGCGAUAAUACACCAGCCGUUCCAGUCAGCGAUGGAGUUCCACACAAAGUCAGCUAGUGGGGUGAUAAUGAGGGGAGGCAGUAUUGGUAGUGGCCUCGACGUCUUCACGCUACUCCUCGAUGUUGAUGCUGAUGGUGCGUCUCUAUUGCGGUCCCUUUGUGGAGACUAUGAUGUGCUCCCUGCUGGCAUCCUGGCGAUCGAUAUGUUGCGUAAUGAGGCUGGACUUCCGAGGCCUGGAGUUGACGUCACACCCCUGACGAGCCCGAUACGAGCCUCACUGGCAUGGACCAUUGACCAAUACAAGUUGAGGCUGCAUACGAUGUUUGGAUGGAAGCAACUGUUCGCUCAACUCGGCGGUGGUCCACGAUUCGUUAGGACUGGGAUCAUACUGCAGUCGUACGCCCAUGCAGGGUGUCGCCUUUUGUCAACUCCUCAUCGUCGUCCAGUGGGAGAGAUCACUAGCUGCACGUGGAGCCCGGAGCUGAAGGCCCGGAUCUGCCAGGCUUAUAUCAAACCGGAGUUCUCCAAGCCUGGGCGGAACCUGCUGGCGUCUGUACCGUACAACCUGCCGGACGAUAUGAAGUACUCUAAAAAGAAGCGUUUGCUGUCCCAAGGGGUCUUCCGGGGGCAACAUCGACGGCUCACAGCAGCACGAGUUUACGGCCUUCCCUUUGUUGAGCAUACAUAUCCUGGAGCAGAGGGAGUGAGAAUAGUCGCCUUCAGCAAGCCCGACAGGGAUGAACUCGUUCGGAAACCUCACAGAGUCAACGGGGCAGUGGCUUCUAAGAUGGUGCGGCAACGAGACCGUCGGCGGAACCUCAGUCAAAUGGGAAGGAAGCAAAAGCAGCAGCAGAAUCCUCGUACAUAG